AUGGUAUUACACAAGUGGGCGGUGGUAAGCAAAACUGUUACUCCACCGGUGGGACUUCGCCCUGUGGCUCGUGAAAUUCCUUCUCAUCCUCGUUUACGUCCUGCAGAUUACAAAAUACCUUAUGUAUUGCGUACAUUUAUUAAAGAUCGUCAUACGAGUGAUAUGCAGCAUCUAGAAAACCGAGGAAUGUUCGCAGAAGAACUACGCAUUGAGCGAUCAAGGUUUCCACGUUUUCACAAAACAUUGGUUAUUCAGACAGAUGGAUCCCUUAACGAGCGGGAGUUUGAAUUUGCUGUUCCUCCAUUAAUGACACUUUUUCAUGAUCGACUAUCGGCUCAUCGUCAACGUCAGAUAGAGUUAGCAAAAAUAGGGAAAUUACGGAAGGAAAAAAGUUGGGAAACAAAGUUAACUGGUGAAGAAUCUAUUAACCCAGUGUGUAAUGCCUUAGUUUUUCCCUACUGUGUACCCAAGGUGAUGAGGAAGAGACCAAAACUUGUAGAUCCUUUGAGUGCUAAAUCAGUUGUUCAAAUGUCUACGUCAUCGGAUCGUGGAGGAGAUUGA